AAGGAGUCAAAAGAGCGAUGCCAGCACAGAACCAGCUAACAGCACACCUGUUGUGAGUGAGGAGGAGUCGAUAGCCACCAUUACCAGCGCCGCUGCCACAGCUGAGUCAGAGAGGCAUCGGAAAUAGCUACUAGGCAGCAUGAUCCAAAUUAUCUCAGUUUGGGAUUUACUUGCACUCGACUUUCACAUUUUACCACACAAGCCUGCUGAUUGUGAAAUCUGGUAACCAUUCUUCACCGUACCAUUGGUGAAGAACUUUGUUUACCUUUGGCCAAAGAGUUGAGUCUAAUUGUUGAUUUGGCAGCCGAUGUGAGAAGUGCACUCACAGAACACACUCAAAUGAACAGGUGCUUUUCAUUACAAUUAACGGACGUUGCUCAUUCGGCCAAUUUGCUUGUUUAUGUUAGACAUGAGUGUUAGGGCAAGUGAGCUGAAAAUACCUGUGGAUCAGGACUGUGAUGGACAGGAGAGGUUGUUGGAAUUAUCACCUGAUGAGACUUUCACAUCAGAAUUUAAAAAAAAAAAAAAAAAAUCCCUGCUGAACUUUUGGUUCUGCAUCUGAAACUCACUGCCCUGGAACUUGUCAUGAUCGGCUUUGCUCAAAUAAACAUGCAGGCUCACCCACCGAAAGGGGAAUUUGCACGUUGGAAGGUGAGGAACACAGCGAUUGAGAGGAGGGACCUGAUCCGGAACCGCGUGCCACUCAUGCCUGAGUUCCAGCGCAGCGUCCGUUCACUGGGCCGUAGACCCACCACUCAACAGUUUAUUGACACCAUUAUUAAGAAGUAUGGAACCCAUAUCCUCAUCUCAGCCACCCUGGGAGGAGAGGAGGCACUGACGAUGUACAUGGCCAAAAACAAGCUUGACAGGAAGCUUGCCAAUGCCACCCAGAAUGUGGAGGCCCUUCACCAGUUGGCCUCUUCCUACUUCAUUGAUCGUGACGGCACUAUGAGGAAGCUGCACGAGAUCCAGAUCUCCACCAGUGCCAUCAAGGUGACAGAGACACGGACGGGGCCACUGGGAUGCAGUAGCUAUGACAAUCUGGACUCUGUCAGCUCUAUCCUUCUGCAGAGCCCCGAGAGCAAGCUUCAUCUGCAAGGUCUUCAAGUAAUAUUCCCUGAGUAUCUGAAGGAGAAGUUUGUCCAGUCAGCUCUGAGCUACAUUAUGUGUAAUGGGGAGGGUGAGUACGUGUGCCAGAACAACCAGUGUAUCUGUCAGUGCAACGAGGAGUAUCCCCAGUGCAACUGUCCCAUCACCGAUGUCCAGAUCAUGGAGAACACCCUGCUGGGGAUGUCCGAGUCCUGGACCACAUCUUAUAAAGACUUUGAGAACUCCGAUGAGUUCAAGUCCUUCCUGAAGAGGCUGCCCUCCACUCACUUCCUGCCCAUCAGCAGUGUGCAUCUCCUGUGGGGCAGUGACUGGGACCUGCAGGCCCGCUACAGGCUACUUCAGAGUUCCCUGGAGAUCCAGCGGCUCAAGAUCCAACGCACUGCCCGCAAGCUCUUUGGCCUCAGCAUCCGUUGUCACCACAAUCCUAACCACCAGAUGCCUAGGGAGAGGUCUGUGAUGCAGUGGCUCAACAGGGUUCAGUCCUUCCUCUACUGCAAUGAGAAUGGCUUCUGGGGGACCUUCCUGGAGAGCCAAAGGACAUGUGUGUGCCACACAGGUGUUACAUUGUGCCAGCGACCCAUCCCUUGCAUCAUCGGUGGCAACAACAGCUGUGCCAUGUGCAGUCUGGCCAACAUUUCGCAAUGUGGCUCUUGCAACAAGGGCUACAAGUUGUACCGUGGUCGCUGUGAGCCCCAGAAUGUGGACUCGGAGCGCAGUGAGCAGUUCAUCAGCUUUGAAACAGAUCUGGACUUCCAGGACCUGGAGCUCAAAUACCUGUUGCAGAAAAUGGAUUCGCGACUCUACAUUCACACUACCUUCAUCAGCAAUGAGAUCCGCCUUGAGACCUUCUUUGACCCGCGAUGGCGAAAGCGCAUGUCCCUGACUCUGAAGAGCAACAAGAACCGGAUGGACUACCUCCACAUGAUAGUGGGUCUAUCGAUGAAGAUCUGUCAGAUGCGCAACAGCAGCAUUGACCCCAUGUUCUUUGUUUAUGUCAAUCCCUUCAGUGGUAGCCACUCAGAGGGCUGGAGCAUGCCUUUUGGGGAGCAUGGUUACCCACGUUGGGAGAAAGUUCGGCUGCAGAACUCCCAGUGUUUCAACUGGACUCUGCUACUGGGAAACAGGUGGAAGACCUUCUUUGAGACAGUACACAUCUACCUACGUAGCCGUGCUAAGAUACCCACUGGCUUACGCAAUGACACAGGUCAGGGACCGGUGGACCUUGCAGACCCCAACAAGCGCCAGAUCUAUAUAAAGAUCUCAGAUAUCCAAGUGUUUGGCUACAGCCUGCGCUUCAAUGCUGACCUGCUACGUAGUGCUGUGCAGCAGGUCAACCAGUCAUACACCCAAGGAACUCAAUUCUACUCAUCCUCAUCUGUCAUGCUCUUGCUACUGGACAUUAGGGAUCGGAUUAACCGCCUGGCCCCUCCAGUUGCGCCUGGAAAGCCCCAGCUGGACCUGUUCUCUUGUAUGCUAAAGCACAGGCUCAAGCUCAACAACAGUGAGAUGAUUAGAGUAAACCAUGCCUUGGACAUGUACAACACAGAGAUACUGAAACAAUCAGAUCACCUGACUGCUAAACUCUGCUGAAUUACAUUAACAUUAACAAAAGAAACACAGACUAAAAACAGAGACCUAAAGAGAACAAAAGAGAACUGUGAGGGGAUACAAAUCUUUACUUUCUUUUUUCAUUUUGGGACCUAUUUUUCUGCCUUCUGAUGUAAUAACAACUUUGUAAGCAUAACUGUUAAAGACAAUAAAGAAAAAGCAGUGAUGAAAAGACUUUUAGGCAGAUAAAGAACAGCAAUGGAACCACUAUACAGACUGUAUCAUAUUUGUCCCAGCAUGUCUGUCAUUCCCUUAAUGAACU